AUAUAAACCUCAGCUAUAUUAACUGGACUAUCUUUUAUAUAUAGUUUGUGCUAAAUAUUAGAGAAAAAAUAAAUAAUGAGAAUCUAGUUAUGCUUUUAGUAGCGAGACAAUUGUAUUAAAGUGUCAAUUCAUUAACAGACAGGUACAAUAAAAAAAAAAAAAAAACUAGCUACCAAGAAGUAUUUACACACUAUCUAUUCCAUUUGUACUUCAAGUAAUAUAAAAUGAAGACUGCUGCGUCUGUUCUUCAAGAAAUGAUGGUGAAGAUGGGGGAGAUACCAGAUUAUGAGUGUAUAUCAAAGUCCGGCCCGCAGCACCAAAUGACGUUCGAGUACCGGUGUAAAGCACUGGGCUUCGUGGUGACGGCGGCGGCGCGCUCCAAGAAGGAGGCCAAGCAGGAAGUGGCCAAGCUUAUGCUGGCCCGUCUCGCCGCCGCCGGUCACCCGGUGCCUCCACCGUACGGUCUCUUCAGCACUAAUAAACCGCAGCAGGGCCCCGCGGCGGCAGCGGCGGCGGCGGAGGGCGGCGGCGUGAGCGCGAUGCGGCCGCUGGAGGCCCGCAGCCACGUGGCGCUGCUGAGCGAGCUGUGCGCCGAGUACCGGCUGGCGGCGCCGCAGUACGCGCUGCUGGGCGACGAGGGCCCGCCGCACCUGCGCCACUUCACCGUGGGCGCCCGCGUCGGCGACCACGAGCGCCGCGCCACCUCCACCACCAAGAAGGCCGCGCGCCAGCUCGCCGCCGCCCAGCUCUACUCCUACCUGCGCGAGAACCUCGCGCGCGUCACCAGGGACUUCGACGAGGAGGACGCUCUGGUCAGAGCAGUGGGGAAAGCGAUGGACAAGUAUAGCGAAACUAGGGACAUAAUGAACAGACCCAAUUUGGGCCAGAAGAUAUCUGAAUAUCAUCUAGCAUUUCCAGCUAGUAAAGAUGAGAGCACGCUGGCGCUGGGCCGCGAGGCGCUGUGGAGCGGCACGCAGCUGCCGGCGGAGGUGCGGCUGGCGGCGGCGGCGAGCGCGCUGGGCCUGCAGCCCGAGUGGGCGGCGCUGGACGCGGAGGGCGGCGCGCUGGCCGUGCUGCGGCUGCUGCCCGCCGAGCCGGCGCUGGUCUUCGCGGGCCGCGACCGCGCCGCCGCCGCCGCCGCCGCGCUGCGCUACCUGCACACCGUGCUCACCUGACUCGCGCCGCCACGCUACCACCCUCUUGUUAAUAAAUUCAUUUUAUAAUG